AUGCCGGGACUCGUUUUACCGACCUUUACCGUCGCCGAUGUCAAAUCACACGACAACGCCGAAUCUUGCUACAUUACCAUUGGGCGCAAAGUCUACGAUGUCACAGAAUUUGUGCAGGAUCACCCUGGUGGUGGUGAUCUAGUCUUGGAGUAUGCGGGCAAGGAUGUGAACGACAUCUUGAAAGACACUGCUUCCCAUAAGCAUAGUGAGGCCGCCUACGAUAUCCUGGAAGACUACCAAGUUGGUUUCCUUGACACAACUGGUGGAGCUAGCAAGGUGACUGCUUCUGCAGACAUUUCAACUGAAUCGGAGCCCCUCUUUGCUUCAACCGGAAUGUCCCGGGAGGAGGAUUUGACCAUCGAUACCGACUACACCCAGGAUUUCAAGCAGCACAAGUUCUUGGAUCUCAACCGACCCCUCUUACCCCAACUUUGGUUUGGUGGCUUUAAGAAAAGAUUCUAUCUGGAUCAGAUCCAUCGGCCUCGUCAUUACAAGGGAGGCGCUUCAGCCCCUCUCUUUGGCAAUUUCUUGGAGCCUCUUAGCAAGACUGCGUGGUGGGUGAUUCCUAUCGUAUGGGUACCACCUGUCAUCUAUGGCACUAUCGCCGGUACAGCUGGCCUUGGUAACCCCAUUGCUGCUGCUGCGUACUGGUUGGUUGGCUUUGGCCUGUGGUCCUUGAUCGAGUAUCUCAUGCACCGCUUUUUGUUCCACCUUGACGACUAUCUUCCUGAUAACCGAGUCGGUCUGUGCCUUCACUUCCUACUCCAUGGCAUCCAUCACUAUCUCCCAAUGGACAGAUAUAGGCUUGUCAUGCCACCUACCUUAUUCGUCGUCCUGGCUGCCCCCUUCUGGAAAUUGGCCCACGCUGUCUUCUUCUACAACUACUUUGCAGCUUUGCAGGUCUACUGUGGUGGAAUCUUCGGAUAUAUCUGCUAUGACCUUACCCACUAUUUCCUCCACCACCGCAAUCUUCCUGUCUAUUACCAGGCCCUCAAGAAGCACCACCUUCAACACCAUUACGCUGAUUAUGACAACGGAUUUGGUGUCACAACAAAAUUCUGGGAUGGUGUGUUUGGCACUGCGCUACACAUUGAUGAGUCUAAGCCUAAGGCUGAGUAG